AUGUCUCAUAAACAUUCAAUAUCUUCAAUAUCAUUGUCAAGCAUUCGGCAUAGUACUAUCUCCGAGUCUGUUUCUAUGACAUCAGCAAAGACAUCUUCAGAUAAUCCGUACAAUAUAUCUUAUCUGCUCAAACGUAUGCGAGGUGAACGAAACUCAAAAACCACAAGUGAAUCGUCGUUACAUACUAUUCGACAACAAGCAAUACCUCAUAAACAUAUAAUUCUUGAACAAAAACCAUUACUCAACAAUACUGUUACAUUUAGAGAUAUCCACAAACAGCAACAACAAAUAGUUAUAAACACACCGAUUGAUAAACGUAAAAAACUAUCACAAUUUCAUUUCGAUCGAUUGAAACAGAAAAAACAUACUCAUGUCAUAGAUCCAUUCAACAAACAAUAUUAUACAAGACAACAAAAAAAUUUUAAAAGAUUUUUUAGACAAGAAGAUGAUGAACGACAACAAUUUAAUAAUGCUGCUUAUUGUGUUGCCUAUUGUACAAUAAUUAUUAUUGGUGUAACAAUGGGUGGUUGGAUUGGUGGUCUUUUCGAAUUAAUUUCUAGUGGUCAUAAUGGUUGUAAUAAUGAACAUCGUGGUCAUUUCAAAUGUCAAGCUAAAUAUGCAUCUUUAAAUGUUACUACUCAUUGUAUUAAUAUAUUCUAUAAAAAUUCAAUUCUAUAUAAUUCUCCAUUUAUUUGUCUAUGUCGUUUUCUUAAUAAUUCUCAAGGAAAAUAUCGUGAUUGUGAAUUUCUUCAUGCGAACAUACAAUAUAUUUAA